AAUCGAACUACUUUUAUAUAUUUACGCGAAAUCCUCCGUCCUUCAGAUUUUAUUUCUAAGCACAAGAAGAAUAUUAGUGCCGGCCUCUUAAAAGAGUUGCCGGGCAUCGUCAAAACACUUUGCCAAUAUGCAUGUAAGAAUAUCACAAUCAUCUUGGAGACACAUGCAUCCAAAGAACAUGUCAAAAGAAUCAUCGAUACGAGCACUGGACUCUCCACCAUCGAAGCAUUCUUAAAAACCGGUCUUUCGGAUGCUUCACCUAUUGUAAGGGAAUCCUGUAGAGUAUUAUUCAAGACAUAUAAUGAGUUAUGGCCUGACAACGCUGGCACACUUUGUCAAUCAUUGGACUCAGCUACUCAAAAACAGUUACAAAAGACGGUACCCGUUCUGCGAUCUGUUAGAGCAUCCACCGCAUCACCAAAUACACGAACUGGAUCUCAAACACCCUCACCCACCACCUCCAAAGCGAAAGCGGCGAAAGAGGCUAAAGAGGCUAAAGAGGCUAAAGAGGCCAAAGCAGCUAAAGCGGCCAAAGCAGCUAAAGCGGCCAAAGAAAUGAACAAGUCUGCCGAGGAAGCGUCUUUUUUGCUUGGGAUGCUCAAGGACGACGACCCACAGGUCCAAUGUAACGGCCUAAGAAUAUUGGCAUCUAGAUUAAAGAUAGUAGAAUACUCGCCAACAUCUGCUGGUGCCAAUUUACUGGCUAAUGUACCGAACAAGAUGGAUUUUCUGAAUAUUCUGAUGGAUUUGUUGACAAGGAAUGAUCGGGAUAGAGCAGUGUAUGAGGCCUUAAUGAAAUGGGAAAGUAUCGCAGGUAUUUUUACGUAUAUCAUGGCAUUCAACUACUACUGCCCAACGCUUGUGAUUGCUGCACAUCAACGACUUGAAAAACCAGCCAAAAUCACUGAAAUCAAUCAGAUAUACAGCAAAAAAUUAAAACGCGUAAAAAUGUUUUUAAAGCGAAAUGGUCUCUUGUUGGCUAAACGAUUAUUGGACAUGCUGGAAUCACUUAAAGGCGAUCAAAAACUGUUAGAUGCAAGCGUCAAGCAAGACUUUUUAUUGAAUCCAUCCUACAAGCAGGCCUUGCAAUGUGGUUUAUUAGCUUGGAUGAACUAUAUCUUGGGAGAUUAUGUUGGUUUGGUAGAGGAUGAGGAUCCCGAGACAUUGAAAGAAGGUGAAGGUUUCUUGGAUAUCGUGAACGGUGGAUCGUGUGCUGAAGAAUGGUUUGAUUCCUCACAGAACAUUCAGUCUUAUGUCGCUUUUGUUAUUGGAUCAUUGUUGGAUACAAGCAGUCUGGAAGAAUCGUAUCCUUUACUCUGUAGCAUGGCCCAAAAAUUAAAAUUGGCAAAUCCUAGAGUAUUUGCUAAUGAGACCGUCAAUUCUGAAAAUCAGGUACGCAUUGAGACUGCCUUGAUGCCAUCCGUGAUUACAGACAAGAAGCCCUUGGCACGCUCUGCUCCUUUCGACGAUGAUUUGCACGUUGAGAAAAAACGACGUCAAAUCUCUGCAUAAUGAAGGAACCAAUACUGCGUAGAACUCAAACGAAUCAUAACAACAAAGAGAAGAACAAUAUAACUAUUAAUGCGUAUAAAAAUAGGAAUUACUGUCACCCUUGAACAAAUCACCGCAGCCAUUGCUAGCGACAUCAACACCAAUUAUAAAAACAUGGUUGCUAAACGAUACAAGACCUUGGGUCUCACUCUUGUCAAAGCACGCAAUAUCGAAACCCUUCGUUGGACCGAUGGUGGUAAAGUACUCAUCAGUCAUAGACAGGGUCAAAAAUUCUAUUAUAAGGAAGCGGAGAAAGA